GCAAGCUUGCCCAUCUAUAAAAUUGAUAGCUAAUAUCAGGAAGUUCUUCUGUAUUCUAUCUUAGGUAUAGCCAACGAAAAAAGAGAGUCAUGGGCUUUCUUGGAAUCUGCAAGGAGUUUUCCACGAUUGCAAUGAUGUUAACUGUAAUAUUAACAUCAGUAGCAGCUCAAGCAAAACCUGGCUGCCAAAGCCACUGCGGCAAUGUCAGCAUUCCAUACCCCUUUGGUACAGGCAAAGGUUGCAACAUAAGUGAAUACUUUUUCAUCAGAUGUAAUACCACUUUCAACCCCCCGAAAGCAUUCUUAGACACUGAUAAUAUUGAAGUGGUCGACGUAGCUCUCGAUGGUCAGUUGCGUAUACAAAACUGGGUAAGUUAUGACUGUUAUGGACCAAAAGGUAGACUUUGGUACUUAGGACGCGAGCUCACCUUGGCCAAAUUCACCUUAUCUCGUACCAGAAACAAGUUGACAGCUGUUGGUUGCGACACCUAUGUAUUCUUUGAAGGUUACUCGGAGUCGGGACAAAGGUAUUCGACCGGAUGUGUAUCGUUUUGUAAUAAAACAACCGAUGUGACUAAUGGAUCUUGCUCUGGUACUGGCUGCUGUCUGCAAGAAAUCCCAGAAAGAGCAACGAGUUAUACCCUCAGUUUUUCUAGUUAUACAUACCAUGCCGAUAUAUUGAGUUUCAACCCUUGUAGCUAUGCAUUUGUUGUGGAGGAUGGAGCCUAUACCUUCACUAUCCCAGAUCUUUUUGGUUAUAAUAUGAGUUACAAGGAAUUCCCAUUGAUUCUUGAUUGGACAAUCGGGAAUCAAACUUGCAAAGAAGCUAAAAACGAACUAGAAAACUAUGUUUGCAAGGAAAAUAGUGCUUGCAUAGACGCAGAAAAUGGUUCUGGAUAUUUGUGCAAGUGUCUUGAUGGAUUCCAGGGUAACCCUUACCUCUCUAAUGGCUGCCGAGACAUAAAUGAGUGUGAAACUACGAGGCCCUGCAAUACUACAUGUCACAACCUAGUUGGUAGUUACAAUUGCUCCUGCCCAGAAGGGUUUGACGGUGAUGGCCGGAAAAAUGGAACAGGCUGCAGUCCUAAAGUCAGCUCCGGAGGCCAGAAUUUUCCUGUUCUUAAUGUUGCACUAGGCAUAGGCAUAAGUCUGCCAGCUUUCUUCUUGUGCUCGUCAUGCUUGUAUUUGGGACUUCGGCAAAGAAAGCUCACCAAACUGAAGCAAAAAUAUUUUCGGCAAAAUGGUGGCUUUUUAUUGUGGGAACAACUUUCAAAGCGUGAAGAUUGCGGUGAAACAGCUAAAAUAUUCACAGCUGAAGAACUCAAAAAGGCAACAAACAACUACCAUGAAAGCAGAAUCCUAGGCCAAGGAGGUCAGGGAACUGUUUACAAAGGAAUAUUACCUGAUGGCAGGAACGUUGCCAUCAAAAAAUCCAUAAUAGGAGAUGAGAGCCAAGUUCACCAAUUCAUCAAUGAAGUAAUUGUGUUGGCCCAAAUCAAUCACAGGAAUGUGGUAAAACUGUUGGGAUGUUGUUUGGAAAUACAAGUUCCGUUACUGGUUUAUGAAUAUAUAAGAAAUGGAACCCUCUUUGACCACAUGCACAAUGCUGCUCAUCAUGCCCCUCCCAUACCAUGGGAAACUCGUUUGAAAAUAGCCACUGAAACUGCAGAAGCCCUUUCUUAUUUGCACUCAGCUGCAUCUCCUCCGAUUAUUCAUCGCGAUGUCAAGUUGACCAAUAUUCUCUUAGAUGACAAUUACAAUGCAAAAGUAUCGGACUUUGGUUGUUCAAGAUUGAUCCCUUCAGAUAAAGCACAAAUAACAACGCUUGUGCAGGGGACUCUGGGAUACUUGGAUCCUGAAUACUUGCAUACAAGUCAAUUGACUGAAAAGAGUGAUGUUUAUAGCUUUGGGGUUGUUCUCAUUGAGUUACUAACAGGACUAAAAGUGCUUUCUUUUGAAAGACCAGAAGCAGAGAGGAAUUUGGCUAUGUUCUUUGUUUCUGUGAUGAAAGAGGAGCGCUUGGGGGAUAUUCUUGAUGGACGAGUGGUGAACGAUGAGAACAUUGAGCAACUUAAGGAAGUGGCAAUUUUAGCUAGGAGAUGUGUGAGAGUGAAGGGAGAGGAAAGACCAACUAUGAAGGAAGUUGCCUCUGAAUUAGAAGGACUGCGGGCAAUGAAGAAACGGAAGUCUGGAAAAGAUUAUUUGCAGGAGGAAGAGGAGCAUGAACACUUACUUUAUGGCGUGUACAACGACAGACCUGGUUACGAAGGUUCUAGCAUAAACUCGAUAGGCUAUUACAGCAUUAACAACCCAGACAACUUUGAAAUUUAUGGUGGGCGAUGAUUAUAUUUAUA